UCUGCCCAGUUCUGCCUGGAGGUGAGGUACUGGGUCUCAGUGCAGCAGCUUCACUGGUGCCUUGGAGAGGAAUUGCAGGUAAACAUCGGUCUCCCUGACCAGGACACUUUUCAAGGCAUGAUGGCUUCGUUUCCUGUCUUGAAGCAAGAGACGUUGUUCCAGAAUGGCACCUGGAGCUAUCGAAUUCCAGCCCUGCUCUACCUGCCACGUUUCAGCAUCAUCCUGGCGUUUGCUGAGGAACGAGAGGAUGUGGUGGAUGAACAUGCCAAGCUAAUAGCGAUGCGCAGAGGCGUAUAUGACCCAACCACGCACCAUGUUCAGUGGAAUAGCAUGGAGACCAUUGUCAGUGCGCAACUGAAAGACCACCGAUCUAUGAACCCCUGUCCUGUUUACGACGACAUCUCAGGGAAACUGAUCCUGUUCUUCAUAGCUGUCCCAGGAAAGAUCUCUGAGCAGCAUCAGCUCAGGACAAAGAUCAACCUGGUACGUCUCUGCUAUGUCACUAGCAUGGACCAAGGACGCACAUGGAGCACUGCCCAGGAUAUCACCAAUGGUACCAUUAGCACUGAGUACAAGAAGUGGGCCACUUUUGCAGUGGGGCCGGGUCAUGGAUUACAAUUGCUCAACAAGGCCCGGAGCCUUGUGAUUCCUGCCUAUGCCUAUCGUAUCUUGGACCCUAAGCAACACCCCACCCCUCAUGCCUUCUGCUUCAUCAGCUCUGACCAUGGGAAAACGUGGGAGAUGGGAAAUUUUGUGGGGGAGGAGAGCGCGGUGGAGUGCCAGGUAGCGGAGGUGCACACCUGUGGCAGGAAGGUCCUCUACUGCAAUGCAAGGAGCAGCAGGGGAGCCAGAAUCCAGGCUGUCAGCUACAACCACGGGGUGGACUUUGAGGGAGGCCAGCGGGUUGAAAUGCUAGUAGAACCUCCCUCUGGAUGUCAUGGAAGUGUUACUGCCUUCCCACCUCCCCCUGAUGCCAGAUGCCAAGAUAGUUGGUUGCUCUAUGCUCAUCCUACAGACCCAAAGGGUCGAAGAGAUUUAGGAAUUUACCUCAACAAAAUCCCUUUAAAUCCAGCACACUGGACAAAACCAAGCAUCCUCUUCAAGGGCCUGUGUGCUUAUUCGGAUCUGCAGUACAUGGGGGUUGGGCCAGAUGGCUCACCCUUGUUCUCCUGCCUCUUUGAAUAUGGGACCCACCAACAGUGUGAAGAGAUAAUCUUUGUAAUGUUCACUUUGAAGCAAGCCUUUCCAUCAGAGUGCUGA